AUGGAAGUGCUGGACGAAAAAACGCGUCGAAUCAUGACGGCAUCUUAUGCAUUACCAGAUCUUGAGACGGCAGUGCAGCAAGUAAUCUACAACGCUAUCGAUGCUCAUGCAAAGACGAUCAAGUUGGUGGUAGACAUGAUGACCGCGUCCUUUACGGCUGUGGACGACGGCUGCGGAAUCCAUCCCGAUAGCCUCUACGCCCACGUUGGCGAAUGUUACGCUUCGGCGAAAUUCCCGGCAUUGGAAAGAAAAGAAGGCGACGAGAUUCGACCGGAGUCUUACGGUUCUCGUGGCGCCUUCCUGUACGCGUUAACCUCACUUGCUACCACCGUUGAGAUCGAAAGUCGCGCGCAGGAGCACUGGAGCUCUUACCGCAAAGUCUUUCAGGAAGGAAAAGUCGUCUUCAACGCCCGAUCAAGAGAUUUACGCCAAGCAACAGGGACCAAGGUCUGUGUCUCGAAUAUGUUUGGAAAGCUCCCCGUACGGCACAAAGACCUGUCUCGCAACGCGAAGUAUCGAUCCCGUGUGACCAAAGGAAUCAAAACCUUUUGCGUGAGCAUGUCGAUGAUAUGGCCACCAUUGUCGUUUGACGUCCAGUAUCAAGGGGGAGAUUUCAGACCGGUAUCAAUUCCUGCUGCUGCAUCCUGUCUCGAGCGGUUCUCGAUGCAUUUCGGAGACGUACUCGGGGAGCACCUGCAGUACGUGAGCUUUGCGUCCGAGUCUCUCAGGUUUUCGAUUCGAGGAUACUUUGCUUUCAUUCCUGGUGCAUGCGAAGAUUCGUGGCAAGGAGUGAAGCAGGCCAAAAGCUACUACCAGUUCGCGUUCCUGGAAAACGAAUGGGUAGCAGAGUGUCAACAAGUGUGUUCACAAGCAAUAACGGAAGCUGCCCUGGCUCUUUCAUCGGCCAUUCCCAUUUUUGUUCUGAAAGUCACUGUAGCCCAUGAUCAGUACGAUGCGUGCAGAAUGAGAAAGGAGGAAGGCAUGUGCUUCAAAGCUCCUGAUGAAUUCCGCCAAUUUCUAUUUGAGUUUGUCCAGAUUCAAGAACCGAGUGGCCGAGAAGUAACCUCGCAAACAUCGUUCAGUGCUGAGCCGGAACACGAGCCACCUGCACUGAUACCCAGUGAUUCUGAUGACGUUGCGAUCACUCCCCCUGGUAGCCCAGCCCGCACUUUUGAUUACGACACACCGAUCAUGGACGUUUUCGAGGUUCCGGUAUCUGUUUACACAGAUGACUGUACGGCGUUUCCAAUCAUGAGCUCCGAUGCGUGUCAAGCUUGCGGCCACGUUCGCGAAGACACGGAGAAUGUCAGGCUUGACGACCAGGUCCUGUCUUAUACCAAUAAGCCUCACCGUCCGAGCGCAACGACCCGUUAUGUACCAGAGACGGCUGAGGUCUGCUUCACGUCGACUGACGAUGAUCAUGGGUUGGCUGGCACGGACCAAAGCGAGGACGACUUGGAAGACAUUUUCUUUUCUCACGAACCAUCGAUGCCGCUUGUAGAGUCUGCUGAAAGAGCUGGUCGUGUUGAGGUGAGUCGUCCGAUGCUGCUAUAUCAUGUCACUUUUUCGCGCUUUCUAACGCAGCUAAACGAUGUACAACAGGAGGCAGGAGUAUCAAUGAUGCCAUGGUUAAGCAGCAAGCCGGAUGCGCACGAUUGCGCAGAUCUCCUGUUGGACCUGUGCCAGGACAGCAACUAUAACAUGGAUGCUGAAUGCUCUCAAACGGCGGAUCAAAUGAGGCAGCACAUCGAGUGCUCGCCAACUACCUGGAAUGCGUUGCGCGAAGAAAAAAGCAAACGUCCUCUACUCCACACGCCAGCCGUUGUCAAAGCCACGUCCGAUUACUUCUUGAUGCAAAAGGUUGAGCGAUCGUCAAGCAAGUUCUUGAGACGUCGGCUCGACUCCAGCAAAUAUCUCGUCACGCACGCGGCGUCAGGAUUGCAUGCUGACAAUGUUCGCAUCAUGGCUGGAGACAAAAUGAUUAAGAUCGACAAGUCCACCCUCGCGAAGCUGCAGGUGAUUCGCCAGGUUGACCGUAAAUUCAUUCUCGUUCGGGCAGACACUUCUCAAGGCACGUUGCUACUUUGCAUUGACCAGCACGCAGCAGAUGAGCGUGUACGCUUGGAGAAGUUGGAGAAAGACGUUUUUGGUCAUGAUAGGUCUCUUCGCGAGGUGGAAAGGUAUGACCACGAACCACCACUCAUUCUCCACGUGAAUGCAAAAGAACAUGAAACAAUGCAGUACCACGAAGAGCUGAUAACAGGAUGGGGUUUCAAGUUCGAGUGCCUUUCGUCGAAACCGGGACAAGCUUUCAUCAACGUGUCCAAUACGACGGAAUUCGACGGAGGCGGUCGUGUUGCGCUCCAUGCAACACCACAAGUCGAAAGACGAGCCUCGAACGUCGACGAUUUUCGAGACUUCAUCCAGUUCCUGUCGAACGCUGGCGAAACGUACCUUCAUGCGCAGAUUCGACCGCCAGUGAUCACGCGAUUGUUACACUCGCGUGCUUGCCGCAGCGCAAUUAUGUUUGGCGACCGGCUUAGUCUAACACAGUGCCAGGACCUCAUCGAGGAGCUCAAGAUGUGUCAUUUGCCGUUUCAGUGUGCGCACGGCCGACCAUCGGUUGUGCCUCUCGCCGACAUCCGUAGCGACAACGUGUCGUGCGGCCUGUGA